AAAUAUUUCACAAAUUCAGCAGAAAAAAAUUUAAAAAAAUGUCUGGAAACUUAAAAUCCACAGUCGAAAGUAAUGAAGUUUUAUAUGACCAUCAUGGCUACAAAUUUGACGAUCCAUCUCUGAAAGGUUUAAAUCGAUAUUUUAAUAAUUCAACAAUCCGUGGGAGAGCAAAUGUUGCUGCAACAACAGUUGGACUGAUUUUUGGUUUUGUGAUUCUCAACAAAGUACAGAAAUUUUUCGGCACAAGUAAAACAGAAAAUCCAUUAGAUAAAGCUCAAGUUUAAAUUGGAAGAGAAAAAGAAAAACUUUUGUGACCUUUAACGAAAUAAAAGAAGGAGGGG